UAAGCAAGCAACCUUCAGCAGGCCGAAAACCUGGGGUUUCCACAUCCAAACCCUCACCAUGUACACUGAACUUUCUGCACAGCAACUCACUAAAAGAAAAUAUUAACUAGAUUUACCUUUUCACUGCAAAUGCAACAUAGCUCACCGAUAUUAAUAGAGACAGAAGGCACAAAGUUACAAUUAUUGACAGAAGCCGUCAUUGUGAAAGAGACAAACAUUGUGAAGUUGAAGAGGGACAUCAUAGGACUAAAAUUCAGAGUCACUUAAGUUACUCUUCCCAUUAACUUAAGGUAUCAACAGCUCAUAAUCAGUCAUUUCUUGAAGACUUGUUCAAUUAAAUGACAGCACCACGACUUCAGCACAUUCAACGUCAUCUUGUAACACCAAAAAAGAGUAACUCCUGGGAGCGCGACAUGUCCCAGAGCCCGCUAACGACUCACGUCCUCAACACGGCCCGAGGGAUCCCCGCCGCUCGCCUGGCGGUCACCGUUUCCAGGAUGGAGAACGUGGAAUGGAGAGAGGUGGCAAGAGGGGUUACUAAUUCAGAUGGCAGAUGCCCUGGUCUGCUAACAUCACAGACUUUUAUUCCUGGGAUAUACAAGAUGAAAUUUGCAACAGAUGAAUAUUGGCAAUCAUUAAAAGUGACCAGUUUCUACCCAUAUGUAGAGAUUGUCUUCAACAUUUCAGAUACAAGUCAGAAGUACCACAUUGCUCUUCUCCUGAAUCCAUUCUCAUAUACUACCUACCGAGGAUCCUAAGUGGCCUUAUCAUUGCAAUAAUGCAGUGUGGAUUAAUUUUUACAUUGUAAUAAAAUAAGAUUCUGUAUGUUAAUAUGUGAAUUUUUCACUGACUUCUAUACAAUACAGGUCGACCCUCACUAAUCUGGCACCAUUGGGACCUGAGGAGUGCCGGAUUAGUGAAAAUGCAGAAUUACAGAAGGAUCACAUUAAGCAUAAUCAGUGCCGAAUUAUCGAAGGAACCGGAUUACAGGUAGUUGGAUUAGUGAAGGUUGACCUGUAAUAGAAAAUAUUAGUUACAGAUUCAAAUAGAAAAAUAAAAUCAUGGCCUUUAUUUACGCAAAAUUGAGGAAGCUAUGUAUCAGCUAUAUUUUCUCAUCUUUGGUCAAACCCUGUUUAUGGCACGUGUUAAGUUUUGGGACGCGGGUUUAAGACUUAUUUUUAAGACAAAUUGUAUAAACUUGGCUUGCAUUCACUUCAAUAAUAAAAGUAAUGUAAUUAAGUUUUUUAAAUGUUCAGAGAAUCUCACAGAAUUCCCCGGAAGAGGUUAUGAUACAUUACCGAUAGCAAUGAAUACCCUGAAGUAAGAAGUUUUAUUUUAAUACAAGGUUUGAAACUGGAUUGGUGAAAUGAGCAGGGCCUGUCCACUGCAUGACUAGUUGGGGUAAUCUACUAAGUGUAGUUAAAAUCUGGAAACUUGUUUGAACAUCAGGAAUCUUCCUGUAAUUUGGGUUGCAAAUUUGAAGAUCAGAUGUUGCAAGAGGCUAAAAUUCUGAGAGUAUCCAUUAUGAAGUUACUUUCUGGUGGGGAAAAUUAUUUCAAGCUCACGUGUAAUCAGGAUACAGACUUCAAGUUGGUGGGAAGAAAAUCAUAAAUGUAAUUAUUUGAAGAGAAACAACAUCAUUUUAAAUUUAAAGGACAUACCCAAGUUCAAAUAAGGCAAAAAAAAGAAUGCCAGGUGAACGUGAUCUUGCUACUAGUGGUGGAAAGCCUAGACAUUAAGCAUUAGAUUUAAUUUUUAAAAAUACUAAACGCAGGCACUGUCAAAAUCUCAAUUAUAUUAAACCAUGGAGACAGAAAACAAUUGUGACCAAGAAGAAUUCUGAAGAUUUGUAAUAGUACAGAGCAUUUUGUACAUUGUAAAUUGUACAUGUAAUUUCCCCAAAUAAAUUGAGGAUUUUUUUGUAUAAGCUGAAAAUAGAAUUAAGAAGACAGAAUUUAAAUGUUCUCCACAGCUGCAUGUGACAACAAAUUCCACAAAUUCACCAGCCUUUGACUAAAGAAUUUUCAUCGCAUCUGUUUUGAAAGGGUGCCCCUCUAUCCUGAGGUUUAGGCCUCACCAGUGCCUUAUAAAGUCCCAGCAUCACAUCCUUGCUCUUGUAUUCUAGACCUCUUGAAAUGAAUGCUAACAUGGCAUUUACCUUCCUCACCACCGACUCAACCUGCAAGUUAACCUUCAGGGUGUUCUGGAGAAGGACUCACAAGUCCCUCUGCAUCUCAGGUUCCUGGAUUUUCUCCGUUUAGAAAAUAGUCCACACAUUUAUUUCUACUACCAAAGUGUAUGGCCAUGCAUUUUCCAACAUUGUAUUUCAUUUGCCACUUUCUUGCUUGUUCUCCUAAUCUGUCUAAGUCCUUCUGCAUCCCAACUGUUUCCUCAACACUACCUGACCCUCCACCAAUCAUUGUAUCAUCUGCAAACUUGGCAACAAAGCCAUCUAUUCCAUCAUCUAAAUCAUUUAUAUACAGCAUAAAAAGAAGUGGUCCCAACACCGACCCCUGUGGAACACCACUAGACAUUGGUAGCCAACCAGAAAAGGAUCUUUUUAUUCCCACUCACUGCUUCCUACCAAUCUGCAAAUGCUCUAACCAUAUUAGUAACUUUCCUGUAAUACCAUGAGCUCUUAACUUGGUAGGCAGCCUCAUGUGUGGCACCUUGUCAAAGGCCUUCUAAGAGUCCAAAUACACAACAUCCACUGCAUCCCCUUUACCUAUCCUACUUGUAAUCUCCUCAAAGAAUUCCUAGAGGUUUGUCAGGCAGGAUUUUCCCUGAAGGAAACCAUGGUGACUUUGUACUCUCUUGUCCUGUGUCACCAAGUACUCCAUCACCUCAUCCUUGACAAUUGACUCUAACAUCUUCCCAACCACUGAGCUCAGGCUAACUGGUCUAUAAUUUCCUUUCUGCUGCCUUCCUCCUUUCUUAAAGAGUGGAGUGGCAUUUACAAUUUUCCAGUCCUCUGGCACCAUGCCAGAGUCCAAUGAUUUCUGAAAGAUGCACUACAAUCUCUUAACGCUACUUCUUACAGAACUCUAGGAUGCAGUUCAUCUGGUCUGGGUGACUUAUGUACCUUUAGGUCUUUCAGCUUUUUGAGCACCUUCUUUCUUGUAAUAGUGACUGCACCCACUUCUCUUCCUUCACACACUACAACAUCAGGCAUACUGCUAGUGUCCUCCACAGUGAAGACUGAUGCAAAAUACUCAUUUAGUUCAUCAGCCAUCUCCUCGUCCCCCGCUAUUAUUUCUCUCACCUCAUUUUCUAGCAGUCCCAUAUCCACUCUCAUUUCUCUUUUAUUUUUAACAUACUUGAAAAAACUUUUACUAUCCACUUUGAUAUUAUUUGUUAGCUUGCAUUCAUAUUUCCUCUCUUCCCUCUUGACAUGAAUGCUAACAUUGCAUGUCUUCCUUACCACCAAAGCAUCUGCAAGUUAACCAUUAGACAAACCUGCAAAAGGAUUCCCGAGUCUUUUUGCACCUCUGAUUUUUGAAUUUUUUCCAUUUAUAAAAUAGUCAACACCUUCAUUCCUUUACCAAGGUGCAGGACUUCUCUACACCAUAUUCCAGCGGACCCCAACUACCGGGCCGCAGAGCCUGUGCGACUGGGCCGCUAGGAAACGAUAUGAGUCAGCUGCACCUUUCCUCAUUCCCUGUCACACACUGUUGAACUUGAACAUUGGGUUGCCAACUGUCCCGUAUUUGCUGGGACAUCCCGUAUAUCGGGCUAAAUUGGUUUGUCCCAUACGGGACCGCCCUUGUCCCGUAUUUCCCCCGACUAAGGUAGAGCGUUCCUAUGAAACCUUUCGUGCUGAAAUGGCGUAAAGCGAAGAAGCAAUUAUCAUUAACUUAUAUGGGAAAAAUUUUUGAGCGUUCCCAGACCCAAAAAAUAACCUACCAAAUCAUACCAAAUAACACAUAAAACCUAAAAUAACCCUAACAUAUAGUAAAAGCAGGAGUGAUAUGAUAACUACACAGCCUAUAUAAAAUAGAAAUAAUGUAUCUACAGUGUAGUCAGGAAGAUUAAGCCAAAACCAAUUUGUGGGGGGAAAAGAAAUUGGCACGUACGCGCCUGCGCACGUCACAUAUGCACACCUGCCUGCGUAGAGGCUGAUUUAUGCUUGUGUGUCAACUCGACGCCGUAGGUGCAGCGUUGCCGUGAACCCUACGCAAUGCUUACGCAGAUCCCUACGCCAUAGCCUGACGCGCACCUCUCCCAAAAUGUAACUACGCGUCGCAGCAACGCAGACCGCAACAACUGUGAUUGGUCCGCCUGGUAGCAUCACAUUUCCUCCCACGCUGCAAUAGCUUCCCAUUGGCCAACUGAAGGGACUCUGGCUGCAAUGCUUUCCAUAAAGCUUUACGGACCUCCGAAAUUAAGGAGGACACAUUUCGCUUUUACAAAAAAAGACGCUCGCUUUAAACUUGUUUACUCUGAGAAAGACUACCACGACCAUGAAGCCUGGCGCGGGCAGGUGUGUGUGCAUGCACAACGUGCCCGAAUUGCAGAGCGAUGCAGACACACCAACGCACAAGUAUAAAUGCUCACAACGCCUGUAGGCCACUUGCAUAGGUUACGGCGUCGAGUUGACGCACAAGUAUAAAUCAGCCUUUAGGCUUCAUGGUCAUGGUAGUCUUUCUCAAGUGUCCUGUAUUUGACU